GCAAAGACAUGGUGUUGACAGGUGAUUUUGCAUUAGUCUGCGAACGUUCCUACUACGAGAGCGCUUCCGAAAAUGAUUGCGACCUGGCCAUGGUGCCCAAGGAAGAGUUCUUCUACUCCAGUUAUGGCUAUGCCGUACAAAAGGACAACCCUUUGAAGGUUUUGUUAUCUGAACAAAUCAAUGCGUUGUCCGAGUCCGGUGUGCUGGAAAAACUGCGUAAGGACUGGACGCCCGCCCAGCGGUGCAACGGCCUCACAUUCACCCAAUCCAAGCCAGCCGGCCUCGAUGACACGCAGGGAGGUUUCAUCGUUCUCGGCUUUGGUGUGGGAAUCAGCAUCAUCGCAAUGAUUACAGAAGUCAUUUGGUUUUAUUGCAUCCGCAAGAAAGUCGAGGGGAAGAAAUUCGGUCCGAUCACAUUUGGCAGUAGAAUCAGCAUGCGAAGCGAUAAUAAGGUUAGACCUAUGACUGACUAGAUAACACCUCUGGAUCUCAUCGGACCUAGAUUUUAUAGACUCCUGCGCAGUCGCAUAACUCAAUCUUUAUGUAACUGCCAACACAGGCCGCCAUUUUGCAUCCGCCACUCCACCAAUGCCCCGGGCGUCUACUCUGGGAUUCGUCGAGUAUUUAGAGAGACACAGGCGCUUGAGGAUACCAGAAUCAAAGCGAUCGAACAGUCCAGAAUUAACGUAAUGUCGACUCUUUCCUGUCUACCAUAUAGAUUGUUGCGUGUUUUCUGUAGGGUUUGUGGCGACUGAUCGAUUGCUUAUUGAUCUGUUGAUUCUACCCUCACGUGCCUGUGUCACAUCCGGGACCUCCGGACGUAAUGGAUUUCUUUGUUGGCAGAGAGAAUAAGGCCUUGAAUAUCGAUCUGCCGGGGAAGUAGAAUGAGUUUUAUUCUGUGAACCAGGAAAUUUUCUCCGCCACGUUAUUCGCGAAAAAAGCAUUUGGAAUUGCAUGUCAGUUGCCACAGUUUAAUGAAUUGCUUGAUGCCAAACCAUUAGAUGUGCAGUGUGACCGAUAAUUCAACGCGAAAAUAAGAACGGUCUUCGCGAAAAUUACUUGGUUUACGAUUUUUACCAGUCACUUUUGAUAGGCCAAUUUAUCAUAUUAAAGAUACACAAAAGAAAUGCAUGUUGCGAUAUCUAAUAUACAACCGGUACCUUGGAAAAUGACCAGCUGGAAUUCACGGACUAUGACUUUGGAACAGCCUCAUCGAAGAUGCACUCAAAUAUGUCAAAAGGUAGGGCGGAGAGCCAGUCUUCGGCCUGCAUACGUCAGCGAAUCUGAGAUAAGAGGGGCUGAGUUUGUUACCGAGUGCUGCUAAUUGUUUUGUUACGCAUAAUCACGUGUAAAUUCACUACUUUCUUUAAUAUUAUGGAGAUUUAUUUUUGAAGAAUUGUGAUUGCUUUGGAGCGCCAUAUAGAAUUCCAGAUAGCGACACUUGUCAUUGAACCAACAGUGGUGUCGUCUUUACUAGCAAGUCACGACGACUCCUGGACGAUUUCGUAGCAAAUGAUCAGGGUUCUUCCUCAUUUGAACCACAAGCCGCGUGUAGAACGCUGCGUAUACGGUGCCAUCAAUAUUUAAGAUAUUGUUAUUUUUAUACAAAUUAAACUGAGACUGCGACAAUUUUCAGCAGUGUGACUACGUCUGGCUGUGGUUCAUUUGAUGACAGGGUCUCUUUACCUAUCAGUAAUGAACUAACUGAAAAAGAACCUAAGAAUCGUAAAGUCAAUACCAGUGAAUACAGUUUAUGCCCAUGUGUGCUGAUUAAAGUGUUUCUUA